AUGAUGAGGAUGUGCUGGAUGGUUUUCAUCAAUGGACAUCAAAGCCGUCGCGACAUUCCAUUCAUCCAGUUGUUCAACCGACCCUUCUGACAGCUUGUCAUGAAUGAUAGUGGAGGCAGAAUGUCGCACUGACUUCUUCUCUUCUGGUGUUUCAUCCAUCAAAAAAGUAUUGUUUCCUCCAUUUCCCGUAGAGACAUCCAUAAUUGAUUGAUUUCCUGUUUCAAUCACUGAUGAUGGAAUUUUACCUUUUACUUGCCUUUUCGAUAAAUCUUGGAAACGGCUAAUUGAUUCAAGAUUGGAGUCGUGAAGUUGCCACGACAAUUAUUUUUGAUUUUACAAACAAAAACAGGCUACUUUGCCCAAAAAAAUAAACGCUACAACUUUGUAAUGGUGUUUGGUGGAGAGCAAAGUCCUAAUUGCCCUACUGGUGCAGCGUUGUUUCUUCGUGUUCCUCCUUACUCAACCACUUUCUUACUCAAUGAAGUGAACUUCGGUUAAUGGACCAUUUAAUGCUCUUUUCCUGAUAAAUUUCGUAGCGUAACGUUAAGAGCGAGAGCCCAACACCAAUGAACAAGAACUUGUUUCACUCAAAAUUGCAGACGGCAAAGGAAAAUUUUCAUCCCGGGUAACAGAAACAAGUCCCAUUGUGACCUGUGCUAUAGGUUUAUUUAUGGCUCUUUGUGCUUGAUUAUUCUUGCAUAUCCAUUGUUUUUUCUUCUAUUGUGUUUACUUUUCAUAAUGAAUCCUCAUAAUAUUUAAAAAAGAAACGUUGUUUACUCUAGUCGGACCCAUAGUUAAUCGAUUCAUUCAUAGCUUUAUAUGCACGUUGCAACUUGAUUUUGCCAUUCUCAAUCGUAAGUAAAGUAAUGAUGCAAUAUGGAGUAGAAGAGCAGUAUAGGUAAGCUUUCUAACAUAAGAAAUUGAAGGGUUGCAGCAAGUAGAAAUAACAAAGGAAGCAUUUCUCAAUUAUUUCUGUGUACAAACAUCCCUACACGAGGAUGUCCAAUCGUGCAUGAUAAAUCAUUACAAGAUAACAUUCUCAGGAAUAACAUACAGGUCUGCGAGGAAAUGAAAUCAAACCGUUAUCAUGUUGAGAUGUCAGCCGAAUGCAAGAAAAAAUGAAACAAUUAUUCCUUUAAGAUAAACCUUUAUUUAUUGCUCGUUCCUAUUUGUUUCAUUUGUAUCUAAUCUAGGUCUGCACCUCUUUCAUUCUUUCGAAAUUUUGGGCCAUGACUUCAUCAUACACGGUAUCUGGUCCUUCGUUUCAGUAAAAUGUAUAUAAUCUUGACUUUUUCACAUACCUUUGAAUCGUCCUUUUAGUUAAGAAAUUAGAGAAAAUGACAAAUUCAGAAAACCCCGUUCAGACCAAGCGAGUCUUCCAAACAAAGGAGUAUCAAAAGAUGAUUCAAGGAGAAUUAUAUUAUUCUCCUGAUGAAGAACUCCAGGAAGCAAGAGAAUUUGCCAAGUUGGUCGCACGCCAAUUCAACGACACCCUAGGGAAUCCCAACAACCUUAGUAGUGAGGAAUUCAAGAAACAAAAAAUUACUAUCUUGUCCCAGGUCAUGUCUUUCGAAGACGACGGUUCUUCCAUCGAUAUCGAACCUCCUUUGGGCCUCGAUUACGGACUCCAUAUACAUAUUGGCAAAAACUUUUACGCCAAUAAUAAUUGCAAUUUUCUCGAUGUUGCUCCCAUAACCAUUGGAGACAAUGUUUUGCUUGGCCCCAAUGCUAGAUUAGAUUAGAUUAGAUUAGACUACUUUUUUUACUACUCCAUGCUAAUCAUUUCUUUAGGUGAAACUAUGUACAGCUACUCAUCCGUUGGAUUUCACAAACCGAAAUACAGCAAUGGAGUAUGCCAAACCUAUCAAGAUUAAUGACAAUGUUUGGAUAGGCUUGGGAGCCAUUAUUCUCCCAGGUGUUACACUUGGCAAUGGAUGUGUCAUUGGGGCAGGAUCCGUCGUUACUAAGGAUAUCCCUCCUAACACAGUAGCAGUUGGUUCUCCUGCUCGUGUCGUCAAGGAAAUUAAUCAGAAUAAUGAUGCUUAAGUAUAUCCAAAAGUUGAAACAAAAAGCCUAGCCAACAAGGGUCAUUUGUAGUAAGAUGAUGAUCAUCAUGAAGAGAAUUUAAGUAUUACGCUUUUU